AUGACCGGUAACUUUGAGUACCUAAACGCAGAAAAGAUCCACUUCGCUGCUGUAAAGAGCAAUGAUACUGCUAUCGCUUUUUUUCAGGGUGCCCAACACGGUAUCUACAGCUGCACUAACUGCGAGUCCUACCCAGGGGAAUUCGGUGACACUGUGGUGACCUGCUUCAACUACGUUGCCAACUGGCCGACCAAGAAGGGCCGAUUCCUGUAA